AUGGCAUCAACAACAGAAUCGGUCACCUACGGUGAGCUGGUGCAGUAUGCGAAUGAGCAUUUCAGCCAGGAGUUCAAAAGCCUACCACUCCUUUCUACCAUCAAAAUUCAGAAGUUCGGUGGGAAGGAGUCAGAUAGGGAUUACGCAGGACCGCCUCGAGCAGAAAACUACCGUGUCUGCAUCGCUCGGACUAAGAAAGAUGUAUUGGGCAAGCAGCCUGUCCGUAUUAUCAUCACUACGACAUCCGACAAGAUUGCUGAGUAUGACCCGUGGUACUCUCAGUACAUUACUGCACUGAGCAGACCCUCUGAAUACGAGCUGUAUGAUCCUUUCCAUCAUGUCUCGGGUUCCGAAGAGCAGUCCUGCAAGCUCCGCAUGAUAGUACUGUCGCUGUACUACGUUAUGCGGAGCGGCCUUGCCACAAGCUGUGUGCUGGACCGUGAGUCUUCCAAGAUUGGACUUCUCGAGACAUUCAAAGAGGUCUGCAGCUUGGUAUUUGCAGCAAAAGCUGCAUCGAAGACGGUACUUGAGCAACCUCAAAAUGACCGCCAGUAUGUCAUUCGACUUCGAUUGUGCCCCGACCUCUUGAUGCAGUUCCAGGAUGGGGAAAUGUCGCCUAACGGCGGUGUGCCCCAACCUGCGCCCUCUAUCCAUGAUUCAAUCGCAGUCAUACCAGCAAAGCGAACUCUCAUGGGGCUGAGGCCCCGAAACAGCAGAGCCUCGGAUCGCGGAGUUCCAACAGCUAAGAGGAUCAAGGUGACAGCUCAUCCACCAGCCCACCAGACAGAAACCGGCUAUACAAUCAUCAACUCGAUGCACGAGAUAGUUCAGAAAGGAGAAAUCGCCGAGGCAGCACUCACGGAAGCGAAGGAGGCGAUCGCUACUCUGAUCGCGCAACAGGAUGCUCUACAAACCGAGAAUAACAAUAUCAAGAUCGAGAACAACAAGUUUAAGACUGAGAACAACAAGUUCAAGACCGAGAACGAACAGCUAAGCAACGAGAAGCGAGCCUCAGAAGUCGCGGCCGCUGAAUCAAUGCGCAGUCACAACCAACUCGUUGCCGAAUACGACACAGCUCAAAUCACCAUCAGAGACCUCGACGCCCGCAUCGCCGCCAUAACAUCCGAGCGCGCCAACGUCUCCCAGGAGCUGACCAUAUCCACCACCGACAACGGCCGGCUGAUGACAGAGAUCGCAUCCUUGAAACAACAAGUCAACGCCAUCGCCGCCGAGAAAGACGGUCACUUCAAGGAGCAGAUUACUGCACUCGAGCGCGACAAGAACAUGCUCAACACCCAAAAUGCCGACCUCAAAGAAGAUCGCGACAAGCUCAAGAAGGGUUUCAGGGACGCGGUGUCCGAGCUCGAAGCCUACAAGAAGCGUGUUCUGGCAUUGGGAAAUGAAUAG